AUGGCCAAAGCCGACAGAUCAAAGCGCAACAACGCUGCCAGCGGCCCGUACGAGAAGCCCAGCGAGAAAAACUCAAAAACCAACAAUGUCUUCAAAUUCAACACAAACUUUGGCCAGCACAUUCUCAAGAACCCCGGUGUCUCAGACGCCAUUGUCGACAAGGCCUUUCUCAAGCCCACAGACACCGUCCUCGAAGUCGGUCCCGGUACCGGUAACUUGACGGUCCGCAUCCUGGAAAAGGCAAAGAAAUGCAUCUGCGUCGAGCUGGAUCCUCGAAUGGCGGCCGAAGUCACCAAGCGUGUGCAGGGAAAGCCGGAGCAGCGAAAGCUGGAGGUUUUGCUGGGAGACGUGAUCAAGACUGAGCUACCAGCGUUUGACGUUUGCAUUUCAAAUACCCCUUAUCAGAUUUCAAGUCCCCUCGUCUUCAAGCUCCUCUCUCUACCCAACCCUCCUCGAUGCUCCGUUCUCAUGUUCCAGCGUGAAUUCGCCCUCCGCCUUACCGCUCGCCCCGGCGACGCCCUCUACUGCCGCCUGUCCGUCAACGCUCAGUUCUGGGCCAAAAUCACCCACAUCAUGAAGGUCGGCAAGAACAACUUCCGGCCCCCGCCACAGGUCGAGUCCUCCGUCGUGCGCAUCGAGCCCAAGCUGGGCAAGGACCGGCCCAACGUCAGCUGGGACGAGUGGGACGGCCUCUUGCGCGUGUGCUUUGUCCGCAAGAACAAGACGCUCCGCGCGAGCUGGCUGGGCACCAAGGAGGUCCUCGCCAUGGUCGAGCGCAACUACCGCACCUGGUGCGCCAUGAACGGCGUGCCCAUCGACGAGAGCGUCGUCGAGGGCGCAGAGGAGGAGGAGGAUGACAUGGAAAUGGACGACGGUGGCGCCGCUGCCAACGACGGCGAAGAUGCCGGCAUGGAUGUCGAUGACCUCGGCGACGAUACCCCCAGCUUCUUCCAAGACCUCAAGACCGCCAGCGCAAACGUCCCCAAGACAAAGAGCAAGCGCAAGAAGACAAAGGUCGCAGAGCUCGUGCGCGAGAAAAUCCGCAAAGUCCUCGAAGACGUGACCGAGCUCGCAGAUAAGCGAUCCGGCAAGUGCGACGAAAACGACUUUUUGCGUCUGCUCUUUGCCUUUAAUGAGGAGGGCAUCCACUUUUCAUAA